UUAACUGCCAAUCAGCCAAGACAAAUCACGAAACUCAAACAGUGGUGGCGGCACAGCUGACUCCAUAUGAGGGUAUUGUAUCCUCUUCGGGAGAAUAUUAACGUGUUGUAGUCAGUAUUAACCUUCACUUGUGACAAAAACAUACACAAGAGACGGCCUAAGGAGUGUGAAUGCGAAGGAACAGUGAUGGAGGAGACAAUUCCUGCCAUCGAGGGAACACUGGUCGCUCUCAGUCACACAUUGAAAAUCAAUGGCAUCCUUCUCCUGGCUGAACUCUGUUGUCAAGGAAAAAUACAACAUGUUUUGGCGAGACAACCAACCCACAUUCCUUGGCAGCAACAGAUGCAACUCUUUUCUAGAGUUAGGAUAACAAAUUUGAAGACUCAAAUUAUUAGUGAGGUCCAACCCAAUUUUUCUGUGCUGAGGACAACUAAACAUUCUGAGAUGUCACACCUAGAGGGAGGUGGAGGUGAUGAUGAUGAUGAUGUGCCUAAAAGUGCAUUUCGUGGAGACGUUAUUUCAUACCGGGGUAUCAUAACUGCAGUUAUUGAUGAGGCUUCUGGGAUAUAUGAACUCGAUGGCAAGACUCGGCUGGUCAUCACCUACUUGCUUGAAGUCACUGGAGAGUUGUGGAAUGAAAAUCUGGAAAAUGUUAACGAGACAAACAUACCAUCUAACAACUCAACAGAGAAGAAUGCACCAUACAGAUGCCUCGAAGAAGGUGACUCUGUUAUGCUCCAUCGAGUACAUCACACCAAAAUUAAUGGCACUUUACAUCUUAUAUGCUGUGGACGAAGUUUAGUGGAAAAAAACAGGAAUACUCCAAUCAAUACAAGCAAGUCAUUGUAUCCGAAUGCACAUACUGGUUUGGUACACAUAUAUAACCCGGGCAUAGUGGGCGUGAUGUGGCUGUUGACUCUACAAGAUCAAAUGGUCACUACUCUCUGCCAAGGAUGGAUAGAUGAUAGACAUGUUAAAUGGAGAAAGUUGAAUGGUGAGUAUGGCCUGCUGAUAGAACUGAUGGAAAAGGCUGCCUUCAGGAAAUUGAUUGCUCCAAACACUCGCUGUCUAGCAAAAGAGUUCCUUUGUCCUGACCAUCAGUGUGUUGUCACUCAAGAAUUUGUGGCCCCCUUUGACUUGGUUACAGUGGCCAGCUUGACAGAAUUACAAGUUGGCAUAGAUAAAAUAAGAGAUGAAAACAUUCAUAAUGAAAAACCAAGUCUUUGGUGUCAUUUUGUUGAUCAUUCUGCAAAGCCAAGAGUAUUAGUGGGAAAACUUGUUGUCAGUGACAGUGGUAUUUUACAAAUACAACAGCAAGAGUCAAAAAUUUCUGUUGUUAUUGUGGGUGAUACGGAAAACCUCUUAAGUAAAGUUGGUGGCAUUGUGGCCUUGUUUGAUUUUGCUGUUGUUGUGGAGGAAUUCAACAUGAUUAAAGAGGGAACUGUGGAGAAUAUAUGCAUUAGGUAUAUCAUGAUCAAAAGUUCUGAUAUGUAUAUUUUAAAAAAACAAACCCAAAUUUCACAAGGACUCAAAGGUGACAAAAAUUAUUCGGUUUUUAAAAUCAAAAUAAUUUCAAAGUCUGGUUUGUUAUGUAGUCCUUUACCCAUCACAACAAGUGCAUCAUACAGUGUAUUGAGCAAUAUGUAUUUUAUGAUCCAUGGAGGUAUAAUGCAUGAAGACUGUCAGUCAAACAAAAAUAAGAAGUGGCAAACACUUCUAAAGUUUUCUGUAAAAAAUGCAUUAAUUCAUUCAUGUAUUGAAGAGGGGCACUGGUGUAUAUUGAAGAUACCAGAUGCAUUGAAUGUUGAGCAGUUAAAGAAAAAAUAUUGGACAAAUACAUCAAGGGAAUUCCAGAGUUACUUUAGUACAAUCGGAUGUGUUUAUCUUCCAGACAAUUCAUCCGUAGUGGAUGUCAUUGACGAGAAACAUCAUCAUGGUUGUGUUAAUAUAACACAGGUUGUGAAUCCAGAGUUUGAAGGUAAUGUACUAGUUAGUGUUGUUGGGACUGUGAAGGAAAGAGCCUUCAUGACAGAUAAAUAUUCCUCAAAUACCUCAAAUGUUUCAUCAGAUGUAUUUAGAGAAUACCAUAUUGGUAUCCCAGAGAGCAAAAUCUUUAUGGUUUUGCUGGAAGAUGUGGAACUUCCAGGUUGUAAAGUGUGGUUGUAUUUCAAUGAUCAUAAACAUUCAACACAGUAUCCAUUGGGGAUAUUAUCUGGAGUGACAAUUCAUGCAUCAUAUCUCCGAAGAAAAACAUCACAGCAGACUUUGAAUGUUUAUCUUCAGAACACAAAAUUAACUUCUCUUCACCCAGUAACUAUGCCUGUAUUUGACAUCUGUAAUGGUCAUUGUGUAAUGAGGUCACCAAGAUAUUAUCUUCAAAACAUCAAGGAGCACAGUGGAAUAUUUCGGUGUUUUGCCACUGUUGAAAAAAUUUUGAAGGUCACUUUUUCCACUGUGUGUAGUUAUUGCAGAAUGAGAAUUAUUAAUGGAUUUUGCACUUAUGUUGGCUGUAAAGCACCAUCAUCAAACAAAAUUCUAGCCAGUGCUACAUUGAUAAUUAAUGAUGGUACUGCGACUGCCUUAAUGUUUAUGCAUUCUCUUGAGCAAGUAAGAGUUGUGUUACACUUAACACACGAGCAGUAUUCAUCAUUAACCCAGUAUAUUAUUUCAGGAUCUCAUGAAGUUACUUACUAUUCAAAAGCUGGGUAUGGAUUAGAUGAAUCCCAAUCUGACUCAGGACUCCUUACAAUUCUUAAAACCCUGUGCUCCAAUGAUCAACUGAUGAGGCCUCUAGUAUUUACAUGCCGCAAACUUAAAGUAAAUCCACAAGGAGCUAAUUGCAAUGACGACAUGGUACAUAUUUUCUGUCUGACUGUAUCAGAGCUUCAACUAAAGACAAAUUUGGAAGAAUUAUUGAAGUGAAACAAAUAGUAAUCAGUCUAAUUUUAUACUUUACAAUUUAUAUUCUUAAGCCAACCUUCAGUUCUUUUUGCAUUACAGUGGUCUCUCGGUCAACGAAUGGUUCGGUUAAUGAAUUAAUUACCUUCCAUAAGAAUCUUCAAUUCGGUUAACGAACAAAAAUUCAAUUAACGAAAUCCUUACGAACAUCACGGUUUGUUGUGAGCAUCAGCUGAUGGGCUAAUCUGCCAAUUCAAUAAUUCAGAAAUCUUUUCUAUGUUUACAUUCAUUUCCAGUGGAGUAAAUAUCAAGAAAAUUGUGCUCUUUAAUAUUUGUGCAAAAUAAAUACUAAAACUUUAGUCUAAUGCAAACUAUUGCAUGUUUACAUUCAGAUUAAUCACUAUCUUAUAAGAAUUCCAGCAAUGUAAAUUAUAUUCUCCCCAGUCACUUCUAUGAAAUUUUAUAAGCAAAAAACAAAAACUCAACUA